GCAACCUUCCCCAGACACAUGCGUUGCGGAGCUGUCCAUCUCCCACUUCUCCGCACUCUCCGUCUGUUAUUUGAUCCGCUAUGUCGUUCGCAGCAGUGACUCGUCAAGGAGCUCGAUAUGCCCGUUUUGCACAACUGCGAUGCUUCAGUUCCACGCCCAAGACUUCAGCGGCAGCUGAAGUGAAGAAGCUCGGUGUAAUCGGCGCGGGGCAAAUGGGCCUCGGCAUCGCACUCGUAGCCGCGCAGAAGGCCCAGUUACCCAUCAAGCUCGUGGAUACUUCUCAAGCUUCCAUCGACAAGGGGUUGAAGUUCGCCAAUAAACUACUGGAGAAAGAUGUCGGCAAGCAAAGAAUCUCACAAGAUGAUGCCACGGCUGCGAGAGAACGACUGAGCACGAGUACAAACAUAGACGAUUUGUCUGAUGUUGACUUCGUUAUCGAAGCUGUCCCCGAAAUACCAGACCUCAAGACCAAGAUUUUCUCCCAAAUUGCUCAAAUCUGUCCGUCACAUGCAAUUCUAGCCACUAACACAUCGUCUAUUUCCAUCACCCGUAUAGCUGCGGCCACAACCACGGACCCGACCGACCUCUCGGCUCCUUCCCGUGUCAUUAGCACGCACUUCAUGAACCCAGUGCCAGUUCAAAAAGGAGUGGAAAUCAUAACAGGGCUCCAAACCUCCCAAAAUACCAUUGACACUGCGAUAGAGUUAUGCAAAAAGAUGGGCAAGAUCCCUUCCAAGUCUGCAGACUCUCCCGGCUUCCUGGCAAACCGUAUCCUGAUGCCAUACAUCAAUGAAGCUAUUAUCUGCUUGGAAACAGGUGUAGGCAACAAGGAGGAUAUUGACAGCAUCAUGAAGAAUGGUACAAACGUGCCGAUGGGGCCUCUGCAGUUGGCAGAUUUCAUCGGCAUUGACACCUGCCUGGCAAUCAUGAAAGUUCUCCAUGAAGAAACAGGAGACAGCAAGUAUCGACCGGCUGUACUGUUGCGAAAGAUGGUCGAUGCUGGUUGGCUUGGAAAGAAGAGCGGGAAGGGAUUCUACGAUUAUUGAUUUGUUCGCCACACAUACAACGGUCGAAGGGAGGAUAUUAUUGUUCAAUCCCCACAGUAAGUGGUGCUCCGUAGAAAAGAAAGCAUGUCAAGUUUUUCCGAAUUUAGAAAAUAUUAAGCAAGG